CUGCCACAGGAUUGGCAACGCUGCCCACGUCGCCCGGGAACAUGGCUGUAAACAUCGACUUGAAUCAAGAAUCUCUCAAAGGAAAACUCUGCGAGGGCCGUGAUGUUCAGUUCGUCCCUUGUAAAAUAGAACACGAUGGAGAAGCUGCGGUUGAUAAGUUCUUUAACACAUAUGUCCGAGAGGAAAAAGAGAAUGAAGAAGGGAAAGAAAAGAAAGUUCUUAAAGGAACUUUGCGUGGUUACCCUCUCAGUGGUUGUGUAAUGGAUGUUCCAAAGGGUUACACUGGCAUUGUUCUUAAAGAAACUAGACCUACCCUGAAUUCAGAAGAAAGUCGCACAAUGAGAGUCAUUUCCCAAUUUAAACAGUUUACUUACUGGAACUGGGACCGCGAUCCAUCUCGGGGCGACAAGUACCAACAGGCUAUGGACUGGGCAGAGAUAGCAGAUGUAAUACAUGGAUCUGAGUAGAAGAUUGCAACUAAAUAAGAUGUAGCUGAUUCUUAAUAAAAUUUAAAAGAAAGAA